AUGAAAAUAAUAAUCCCCAAAGUUUUAGCUAUUAUCGCUUUAAUUAACUAUGUUAGUGUGAGCGGAUCAAACAAAAAUUGUUCAUUAGAUAUAAAAUCAACUAUUAAUAAAGGAAAAGAUGAUGCUGAUAAUAAAGACCAAUCAGGUGUUCCAAAUGGAAAUGCAAACGAUGAUAAAACGAGCAACAAUGACAACACAAAUAACAAUGAACAAAAUAACGCUCAAAAUGGUGAUGCAUUAAAUAACAAAAAUGCUAACUCUAAUGACCCUAUAGAUGUAGUAAAUAAUUCUGAACAAUCUAUUAAAGGAUUAUCUUUUGACAAAUUAGCGAAUGGUGAGAAAAUAAAAUCUAUACUUGACUCUCUUAUUGAAAAUGAAAAAAAUGAUAAUGGUACUAAUGGAAAAGAUAUGUAUAAAGUUAUGAUGAGUAAUAUUUUUAAAGGAAUAGAUAAUGGUGCUGAUAAUGAUACAACUAAUUCCCAAAAUAAUGAAGUAGAUAAUGUUGGCAACUUCAAUAUGUCACAAGAAAAUCAUGAACAAUUAGAAAAUUUAAAAAAAAAUAUAGAAAAUGCAUUAAAAGAACGUGGAAUAAAUAUUGAUGAGUUGUCAAACAAUUUUUUGAACGGAAAUAAGGAAGAAGGCAAAGAUGCAUUUAUGGAACUUUUAAAAAGUAUGUCUCAAGAUGAUAAUUUAAUUAUGAAUCUUCCUGACUUUACACAAAAUGGUAACUUCCCUAAUUUAGAUAUACCAAAUAUAUUUAGUUUAUCAGAUGAUGAUCUAAAUAGCAUCGAUUAUAAUAUCAUAGAAAAAAAUAACGAAAACGCAUUAAAUGCUACGAAUGACAAUACAAAAGAAAAUGAAGAUGUUAACGAAGAUAAAUACACAUUGUUUGAUAACUCUAAUUCUGAUGAAAAUGUAAACAAUGAAGAUAGUACUAUUGAAAACGUCCAACCUUCAAAUGAUGAAAACUUAAUAAGUAAUGGUGACAGUGCACUUGAUAGCGAUGUUGAUAGUGUUAGUGGUAAUGAUAGCGGUUAUCUAACUGAAAGUGAUAAUGAUAGUGGUUAUCUAACUGAAACUGACAGUGAUAAUAUGAUUGAUAGUGAUAGCGAUGUUAAUUAUUUAACUGGUAGUGAAUUUAGUGAUAUAGAUUCUAGUGUAACUGAUAGUGGAAGUGAAAGUGGAAGUGAAAGUGAAAAUAAUGUUGAAAAUAAUGCUGAAAAUAAUGAGAACUCUACCCAAGAAAUCGAAGAUUCUGAAACUAACAAUGGAGAAGAAGAAUUAAUAGCCUCAUCUUCCACGAAUAAUAACCAAAAAGAUAAUGCCCCAAGUUUACAGGAAAAUGAACAUAUAAAACCCAAUAUUGUCAAACCUAGUGCUUCAAAAGUAGAAGUAGUAGAUCAAACUAUUAAAAAGACCCCAAAAAAAAAUAAAAAAUAUGUAAAAAAACCAAACUUCCCAAAAACAAAUCUAAGAAGAUUCCCAUUUGAGCAAUCAAAAAUAAAUGAAAUGCUAGAAAGUUUUGAAAAUAGCGAAUUUUAUAAAACUAUUCUAAAAAAUAUACUAGAUAAAUAUGUUAUUUUGGAUGAUAAUGAUCAAAAUGGAGGAAAAAAUAAUGGAAAUAAUAAUAAAAAAGAUGAAGAAGAUGAAAUAAAUAUCAAAGAAUUCAGCGUAAAAGAUCUUAAGCAAUUAAUUCAAGAUAAUAUACUUGAUUAUAGUGAUUUAACAGAAGAAGAAUUAACAAAAUUAGCUGGACCAGAUAAGGCAUUCUAUGACUUAUCACCAUAUGCUAAUGAAGAUAAAGAUUUCUCAAUAAAUGAAGGAUCUACUCUUGAAAAUGAACAAUUAGCUACUUACUUAAAUAAAUUUGGUCAAUAUCAUAUGAGUUAUGACAAUAAAACUCUUGACUACUUAAAACAGAAAAAAUCCGAGAAAAAAGAAGAAGACCAAGAAGACGAAAAUUUCUACGAUGCUUACAAACAAAUUAAAAGUUCAUAUUCUGGUAUCCCCUCAAACUAUUAUCACCAAGCACCACAAUUGAUUGGUGAUAAAUAUGUCUUUACAUCUGUAUAUGAUCAAAAAAAAGAUUUAAUUAAAUUUUUAAAAAAAACAAAUGGUAAAAGUAUUUACACCCAUCCCGAUGAGCUUGAAAAUGGAAAUACAGCAAACAAAACAGGAAGUGAUCAAACUGGUAAAUCUUCAGACAUUAAGCAAUUGCAAAAAUUGAGCUAUUAUAAAAGAAAAAAUGCAUAUAACAUUCUUGUAGAACAAAGACGUAUAGAAAAGGAGGAAAAAGAAAAAAUGGAAAAAAAAGCCAAAACACCCAAUAAAUUGGUCAAUGAUGAUUACAUACAACAUUUAAAUAACGGUGGUUUAAACAAAAAUACUGUUUUAUUUUCAAAAGACGAACUUGAUAAAAUGGUAAAUGGCAAAUAUUCCCAAUCUGGAAACUCAAAUGGUGACUCAGCCAAUAAAAAUUUAGAUAACAUUACAGCUAAUAUUAAAAAUGUGAAUAAUGAACAAAAUGAUAAUCAAUCUAAUUCUGUUGUCAACGAUGAUGAGAAUGAUGAGAAUGAAUUGUUAGAAGAUUACCCAGAGGAUGAAGAUGAAUAA